UCUGAGAUAUUUCACAUUUUCCCGCCCAAUUUAUCUGGUCAAAAUCUGUUAAGGCAAAAUAGCUAGGGUUCCGUCGUUUCUUCCUCUCUGGAUCUCCGGCGAGUUUGUUUUCAACCAAUGCCGGACCUGGGCAAUGCAUCCCUCACUCGCACUUACUGCUCGACUCUGAUGAGUCUCCCUUCUUCUUCUGUUCCUUGUCCGGCUCCUGAGGAUGGUGAGCUCGAAGGUAACUGUCCGGUCAAAGCUGUAGUUAACGGCUGCGACUGGAACCUCAACCUUGGGUUGCCGAGCGGGAAGAAGCGAUGCAAUGGAGGUUUGAUUAAGGUGCUGAGGCGGUGCCACGACGGGGUGCCAAAUCGAGCGAAGAAAGGUUGCGGUGCGAAGCGUUUGGAGGAUUAUGUGAGCGAUUGGGCCCUUAAGAAGAUGGAAUCGGGGGCUUCGAAAUCCAGCUGCUACCUUCCGUUUCUUGGCGGUGGAAAGAGAAUGGUUGAAUGUCGUGUUUGCCGUGGAUUUAUAGAUCUGGGAGAUGAGCUUGUUACGUGCUCUGUUCAGAACUGCAUAGGGGUGUAUCACUCGCAGUGUGUCAAGGAAACGUUUAAAGUCUCAAAUGUGAAGAAAUUCAAGUGCCCUCAGCAUGCAUGCUUUGUUUGCAGUCAGAAACUGCACUGGAGGUGUGUCCAAUGCUUAAAUGCUUCACAUGAUAAGUGUGCACCAUGGCCGGAUACUAUAAUCCAUUUGAUAGACCGACCAGGACACGCAAUUUGUUGGAGGCAUCCAGAUGAUUGGAGACUGGAUUGGCAUCCGAAUGAUUGGAGACUGGAUAUGAAGGAGAUAUUCCUUCGAUUGCCCCUGCCAUAUGUUGAGGAAGAGUUCAAGAUUGACUUGACGUGGAAGGGCCUGAUGGAGAAUAAACUAGAGCCCCCUCCUUAUGUGCACAUCAGGCGCAAUAUUUACAUGGUCAAGAAGAAACAUGAUAUUGCUGCUGGCAAUGAUAAUGGAUGCACAAACUGCAGUCCUAUAUGCUGUGAAAACUGUGUAUGCAGGGUCCAAUGCAUAAGUUGCUCCAAGUCUUGCCGUUGCUCUGAAAAUUGCACCAACCGGCCCUUUCGCAAGGAUAAAAAGAUCAGAAUUGUCAAGACAGAGCUUUGUGGUUGGGGGGUAGUGGCAGCUGAACCGAUAAACAAAGGUGAAUUUGUCAUAGAGUACAUUGGGGAAGUCAUUAGUGAUGCACUAUGCGAGCAAAGGCUUUGGGACAUGAAGUACAGGGGAGUUCAGAACUUCUACAUGUGCGAAAUACACAAGAACUUCACAAUAGAUGCCACCUACAAGGGAAACACAUCUCGUUUCUUGAACCACAGUUGUGAUCCCAACUGCAUGCUUGAAAAGUGGCAAGUUGAGGGGGAGACACGGGUUGGUGUUUUUGCUGCUCGGUCCAUCAAAGUUGGAGAACCAUUGACAUAUGAUUACAGAUUCGUGCAGUUUGGACCCGAAGUGAAGUGCUGCUGCGGGGCUUCAAACUGUCAGGGCUACCUUGGCACCAAAAAAAAGGUGAUAACAGAGUUGAAUAUAUACUGGGGUGCGAAACGCAGGAGAUCUUCCAUCUCUUGUUUAGCAGCCAUUGCUGCAAGAUGAAUGCUUCAUUGCUUUGUUUUGUGUUAACUGUAAAGAGCAGCACCGAGGGAGAGAAACUACACGACCCCAUGAUUUUGUUCUGUUUGUUGUUUGUGAUACCAACUUCAACACUGUAAAACAAGGAACUAGGGAAAGGGUUGAAGGCCUGUAGUAACAUUGUGAAAAUGCUUAUCGAAUUAUCCUCCAAAUUAGGGCUGUUUCAAUUGAGAGGAGCUUUCUUAUGUCUGAAGAAAUUCAUUGGCUUCAUCAUCGACACAUAAUAAUUUGACUUCAUUAAUCAUGUUUUUCUAUUUGCAAGUAACUUUUCCCCCUAUUUUUUAUAUAAGAAUCAAACUGU